GCGCUUCUGCCCUCAUUCUGUUCCAGCGGAACUGCGUGGCGAUUUCCACAACUUCCAGCAUCUGAUGGGAAAAACGGGACGCGAGAAAAUCUCCGUGGGGAUCCAAACACGUACAUAAAAUAACUGAGAAUGACAUCUGCUCUCUAGACUCGCAUCCACAAGUAAUUCAGGUGUGUCUUUAGCACUGAACUGCGGUGAUUUUCCAGUUGCUCUUCAAACAUGCAGAUCAGCGACUUAAAACAGCGACAGAAGAGUUUAAACAAGCAGCAGAACGGAGAGAAACGGAGCGCUGCCGCUGAGAAGAAGAAAGAAGCCGGUUAAAAGAGCGAGUCCUUUCAGUCCUGACGCGAAGCUCUGCGUCAGUUUGAUGUGUCUCGCGCUCUCCCUCAGCAUCACAUGGCUGCAUCUUCAGCAGGGCGCAAAACUAGCAGAAAUGACAGAAAAGUACGAGUUUCUGCAGGAGAAGAGCCGCAGUGUUCAGGAUCUCGACGAGAAACUGACUGAAGUCUCACAGAAGCUGCAGGCCUCCGCAGACGGCGCCACGCUGCUGUCGAAGCUGAAACACGCCCUCGGCUCUGUCCUCAACACCUCAGCGGCGCUGCAGGCGGAGCAGGACGCGUCUUCAGACCGGCUGCAGGCGCUAAACCUCCGCUUCCAGAGCACGAGCGACCAGCUGGCAGUGAGCGACGAGCUCCACACGCUCAAGACACAAUCACGCGCCGCACACGGACAUGUGACGGAGCACAUCAACGACAUCGACGGCCGUCUGCGUGAGCUGAGCGAGCGGCUGCAGGAGGUGCAGGACGGUACGAGGAGGAACACGCGUGUGCUGGACCGCACCGAGGAGGAGGACGCGCAGCGGGUGCGCGAGCAGACGGACUGGAACGGCCGCCGCGUCUCCAGGCUCCAGGAGCAGCUCGAGCAGCUGGCGGCGCAGGGCCGCGGGCUGCAGGAGAAGCUGGAGUCACGCGCUCCUCACGCUCAGGACACACAGCUGGCGGCCGCGGAAGAGGCCGUGCGCUCCAUGCUCCGCGUCCGAGCGCACAUGAGCGCCACCCUCAGGAGAGUCCAGGAGCUGGAGCAGCAGGUGCAGAGCGCAGAGGACCGUAUGAGAGAGACUCGCUCGCAGAUACGUGACCUCAGACCGGCCUCGCAGGAGGACUAACCCUGACGAGAUCUGAGUCGAGGAACCAGACCGAUGUGCCGCAUCUACUGUAAUUCUGACACAUGGGGCACGUACAGUGGCGUCUUAAAGCAGUAUUCAGCGUUCAGCGCAGUGUUAUAAGCUUAAUCGACAGCAUUUCAGCCGUAAUGCUGAUUACCACAAAACAUCACAAAUCUUACUGUGGUUACUGUGAGACACACACAGUGGAAGUCAACUGAUUCAUUAGUAUCGCCAAAAGACAGUAGGCUAUAAUAUUGAGAUUAGCAUGGGAAAAAAAACACUUACUAACCAUUUCUGUCUAACGUUAUAUCCAAAUUUACAUCUUCGUUGCAACGACAACACAAUGCCAUAAAACGAUUGUAAAAAUGAUGAGACCAGCUUUACAUCUCAAUAAUGCACUCGUUUUAACAGUAUAAUUAAUGUUUCAUAUGUACACUAUUUUAGUGUGGAAAACACUAGUUUAGACACUAAAUUAUAUCCAGUUUAACAACUUCAUGAUGCUGUAAACAUUAAAGUGACUGUAAAAGUAAUAAACUUAUUAAACCACAAGUUGCAAAAGGAACUAAUGUAAGUGCUUUAAUAUAAAAACCCUUCAGAUUUCUUUCAAUCCAUCCAACAUUGCGUCCAUUAUAAACGCCUCAACGUGAGCUCAAAAAUGAGGGAUGAGUCGGAGUUAUUUUUGUGGUUGUGACAUAAUUGUAUUGUAUUAAACCCAGGGAUGCUGAGAUUUUUUACAUAAACCUCAUGUUUUUAAACUCAUGUAGAGUAAAUAGAAAAUGCGUUCAUUGUAAACUCAUUACAGAGAUUUCACACGGACAAAACAGGACACAGGACAAUUUUGUGCUAGUUUUGUGUGUACAUUUGAUGUGUUUGUUCUAAACACUAAAUUCAACAUAAAAUCAAAAUGAUAAACUUUAUAUGCGGUUUUAAUAUGUGUGUCGUGUGUUGUUGUGGCUGAUUUAUCAGUGCAAAUUAUUCUAAAGGGACAAAAUGUUUGUCUUCAUAAUCUUUCCUCUAAACUGACUUAAUUUUUUUUUGGCUGAUGUCACUUAAUAAUGUUGACCAAUAGCCAUUUAAGGUGUCGUUUUGACAAUCUCAUUCAGAUCAGGCUCCAUUUUGGUAUAAUCUCUCACUAUUCAUGAUUCGUUCAAUAGCUGAUGCAAAAAUCAAGUCCCAUACUGUUUUGUUUUCAGUCAAUUGCCUGAAAUGCAUCACAUUAUGGAAGUAAAAUGGGUUGUAAACGCUGUUUUAUGUUGUAUAAUUGAUAUAAAUUGACUGUUGUGAUUUGUCAUUUAUGUGAUAAAUUAAAAUAUCUCAAUGUGUCGAAUCCAGUCCUGCGACUCUUUCCACCUCCAGUCAUCAGGCGUGUCUAUUAUUGAGAUCUGUAGUCAGAGAUUAUCUAGCCUCACAUCUCUACAGCGUUCUUGUUGGCUCGUAUGGAUUCACUCGUGAACGUUGAUUCUUCUUUCACUGACUCCUAUGAACUCUGAUAUUACAGUAUGUCAUCUCAUAUUGUUUUGCUGUGUCCAAGUUAUCAUUAAAACUUGAAUAAAUUAUUUUUUCAGUAAA